CCCCGGCUCCAUCUUGGCAGCCCAGAGUCUCCCGGGGCCCCCCCGGCGCGUCGGGCCAUGGAGGAGCCGCGGCGGCUGCUGCCCCCCCCCGGCCGGCCCGAGCCCGGCGAGCCCCGGCGCCAGGAGCUCGGCGAGAUCCUGCAGCGGAUCACGGGCCUCGCGGAGCAGAGCCUGGACGAGGCGCAGGCCAAGAAACACGCCCUGAACUGCCACCGCAUGAAGCCGGCGCUGUUCACCGUCCUGUGCGAGAUCAAGGAGAAGACAGGGCUCAGCGUGCGGAGCAGCCAGGAGGAGGAGCCGGUGGACCAGCUGAUGCGCCUGGAUAACAUGCUGCUGGCCGAGGGGGUGGCCGGGCCCGAGAAGGGGGGCGGCUCGGCGGCGGCGGCGGCGGCAGCGGCGGCCUCGGGGGGCGUCUCCCCCGAUAACUCCAUCGAGCACUCGGAUUAUCGCAACAAGCUGGCGCAGAUCCGGCAGAUCUACCACGCCGAGCUGGAGAAAUACGAGCAGGCGUGUAACGAGUUCACGACCCACGUGAUGAACCUGCUGCGGGAGCAGAGCCGCACGCGCCCGGUGGCGCCGCGGGAGAUCGAGCGGAUGGUCGGGAUCAUUCACCGCAAGUUCAGCUCCAUCCAGAUGCAGCUGAAGCAGUGCCCGUGCGAGGCCGUCAUGAUCGUGCGCGCCCGCUUCCUGGACGCCAGGCGGAAGCGCCGGAACUUCAGCAAGCAGGCGACCGAGGUGCUGAACGAGUAUUUCUACUCCCACCUGAGCAACCCCUACCCCAGCGAGGAGGCCAAGGAGCAGCUGGCCAAGCAGUGCGGGAUCACCCUCUCCCAGGUCUCCAACUGGUUUGGCAACAAGCGCAUUCGCUAUAAGAAGAACAUUGGUAAGUUCCAGGAGGAGGCGAAUAUUUACACCGUGAAACCCGCCGGGAGCGUCACCCACGGGACCCAGAGCGGGGGCGACUCCCCGCCCACCCCCUCCUCCGCAGGGUCCGGCGGCUCCUUCAACUCCAGCUCCAGUGACAUGUUCCUGGGGCUACCGGGACUCAACGGGGACACGUACCCCCCCUCCCAGGUGGAGUCUCUGCGUCACUCCAUGAGCCAGGGGCCGUAUGGGGAGGGCCUGGCGCCCGGCCAGCUGUACAGCCCCCGGGACGUGAGGGCUAACGGCGGGUGGCAGGAAGCCGCUACCCCCUCCUCAGUGACGUCCCCCACAGAGGGACCCGGCAGCGUCCACUCCGACACCUCCAACUGACCCCGCCCCCGGCCGACCCCCACCCCCAUGGGGGGGGCUGGCGUCUCUCCGGGGUGGUGCCCAUGGGGACCCCCCCGCUGGCGUCGCUUCGUGGGCUGAACGCAGGCUCCCUGGGCAUCAGCACCGGCCCCCCCGAGGCCCCCCCCGGCUCUCUCACUCUGCAGGGGGCUCCCGCCUCGCCCCGGGCGCCGGCCUCGCCGCUCUCACUCCCAUUGCGGGGGGUUCUCCCCGGUUUCUCAGCUCCCUCGCGCGCCCCCCCCAGCCCCUGCGCACGUGGGGCUGCAGGGCAGGGUGUUUGGGGGAGCAGAGCCCCAGCCCCCUGCCACCGCGGGAAACGGGGGAAGGAACCACGUGAUGGGGAGGGGCCGGCGGGGGGCUGCCCAGGGGACGCCGGCGGGGGGCUGCCCAGGGGACGCCGGCCGGGGGGAGAAGAGGAGCAGCGAACACGGCGCAGACGGCCCAGCCGGACUCCAGCCAUUGCCAGCCGGCAGGGGGAUGCCGCGGGGAUGCCAGCGGGGGGCGCAGGGCCGGCGGGGGGCUGCCCAGGGGACGCCGGCCGGGGGGAGAAGAGGAGCAGCGAACACGGCGCAGACGGCCCAGCCGGACUCCAGCCAUUGCCAGCCGGCAGGGGGCGCAGGGCCGGCCCGUGCGAGCCAGGCGCGAGCGCCGGGCCGAAGCCCCGAGGGGCAGGACGGGGACUGGGUUUCGCCCGGCGCCACCGGCCCCUGUUCAUUUACCUCGAUGCGACACCAAUAGAGACUCGGACUCUGAGCCAGAGACCAUGGAACCUUCUACCUCUGACCCCCAGCCCCACAGCGAGGUGGAGGGCGCUGGGCCCCACCCCCUCCCUCCCCCAGGGUAAGCCCUGCCCACGCCCACGGUAAUUUCUUUCAGCGUC